AUGGAGCACAUCAAGAGAACAUUUGCUCAGGCCAAGAAGGAGAACAGAGUCGAGACUCCCGACAUCAUGCUGGCCAUGGAGGCUGGCGGUGCCGACAUCAUCGAACUCGGCAUGCCCUUCACCGACCCUAUCGCAGACGGCCCUACCAUUCAAAAAGCAAACACACAAGCCCUGAAGAACGGCGUCAACAUUGUUUCGACAAUCCAGAUGGUCAAGGAUGCAAGGAAAAGAGGUCUGCGUACUCCCGUCAUGCUCAUGGGCUACUACAACCCCGUGCUCAGCUACGGCGAGGACAAGAUCCUGAAGGACUGCAAGGCUGCCGGUGUCAAUGGUUUCAUCAUGGUCGACCUGCCGCCAGAGGAGGCUGUCCGUUUCCGCAACCACUGCUCCAAGAUUGGUCUCUCAUACAUCCNNCCCCUCAUCGCUCCCGCAACCUCAGAGAACCGCAUGAAGCUUCUGUGCAAGAUCGCCGACUCUUUCAUCUACGUCGUUUCGCGCAUGGGUGUCACUGGUGCUACUUCCUCUGUCAAUACUGCUCUGCCUGAGCUGCUCGACCGUGUUCACAAAUACUCUGGCGGCGUUGCUGCUGCUGUUGGUUUCGGUGUCAGCACCAGAGAGCACUACUUGAGCAUUGGUAGCAUGGCUGAGGGUGUUGUUAUUGGCAGUCAAAUCAUCCAGACUCUUGCCGACGCUCCUGCUGGUCAGGGCGCUCAGGCCGUCGAGGAUUACCUGGAUGGUAUCACCCAGCGCAGAGACAUCAUCAAGUCGCAAGUACGUGAGGGAGGCGCCCUUGAGACUAUGAACGAGGACGAAGUUCCUGAGGAGGUUCACGUUGAUGGCGUUGUCAAGGAUGAGGACACCCCUGACGGCCCUGGUCUCGCUGACCAGAUCGAGGCCCUCAACACCGACGGACCCAUGGACUCAAAUGCUAUUCCUGCAAGAUUUGGAGAGUUCGGUGGUCAGUACGUUCCCGAAUCGCUGAUGGACUGCUUGCGCGAGCUGGAGGACGGUUUCCAGGCUGCCAUCAACGACGAGAAGUUCUGGGAGGAGUACCGCUCACAUUACGAGUGGAUGGGUCGCCCUGGUCAUUUGCACAUGGCUGAGCGCCUUACCGAGCAUGCCGGUGGCGCAAACAUCUGGUUGAAGCGCGAGGACCUGAACCACACCGGUUCGCACAAGAUCAACAACGCUCUCGGACAAGUCCUUUUGGCUCGCCGUCUGGGCAAGACCGAGAUCAUUGCUGAGACUGGUGCUGGCCAGCACGGUGUCGCCACUGCUACUGUCUGUGCCAAGUUCGGCAUGAAGUGUACUGUCUACAUGGGAGCUGAGGAUGUCCGUCGCCAGGCUCUGAACGUCUUCCGCAUCAAGCUCCUUGGUGCCCAAGUUGUUGCUGUCGAGGCUGGUAGCCGUACCCUUCGUGACGCUGUCAACGAGGCCAUGCGUGCCUGGGUCGUCAAGCUUGACACUACUCACUACAUCAUUGGCUCAGCCAUUGGUCCUCACCCCUUCCCUACCAUCGUUCGCACUUUCCAAUCCGUCAUCGGUCAAGAGACCAAGGAUCAGAUGAUGGCCAUCAAGGGCAAGCUUCCCGAUGCUGUGGUCGCAUGUGUUGGUGGUGGCUCCAACGCAGUAGGCAUGUUCUACCCCUUCUCCAAGGACCCUAGCGUCAAGCUUCUCGGUGUUGAGGCAGGUGGUGAUGGUGUAGACACUGAUCGUCACUCCGCCACUCUUUCCGGCGGUACUCACGGUGUCCUGCACGGUGUUCGCACCUACAUCCUCCAAGACAAGCACGGCCAGAUCUCCGACACACACUCCGUCUCCGCCGGUCUCGAUUACCCCGGUGUCGGUCCCGAGCUUGCCAACUGGAAGGAUACCGACCGCGCCAAGUUCAUUGCUGCCACUGACGCUGAGGCCUUCAUUGGUUUCCGUCUGCUGUCGCAACUCGAGGGUAUCAUCCCCGCUCUCGAGACAUCGCAUGCCAUCUUCGGUGCUAUCGAGUUGGCAAAGACGAUGAAGAAGGGCGAGGACAUUGUCAUCUGCCUUUCUGGCCGUGGUGACAAGGAUGUGCAGAGUGUGGCUGAGGAGCUGCCCAAGAUCGGUCCUAAGAUUGGCUGGGACUUGAGAUUCUAG